UGAUUGGCUGAAUUUACGGGUUGUAGAGUCCGGCAAGGUAGCUAUCGAACUGAAGACUGAAGUGAAGAGGAAGUACUUAUUAAAAUGGAAAUAUUGAAAAUGAUACUUUAACUUUGUAAAGCCGAGCAGAGGGAGAAGCCAGCCAUGCCAGCCCAACCCCCUGUGAGGGAGGCGGAGGAGGAGAUGGAGGCAGAAGGAGAGUCCCAACUCCCUGAAACCAACGGAGAGGUGGAGCAAUCCAGAGAGGAUGAAAGAGGAGGAGAGGAGACCAUGGAGGAGAGCACGGAGGACAGGGAUAGCGACUUGGAGGAUAGUGAAGAGGAGGAGGAAGAAGAAGAGAGUUCAGAGAUGGAUGAGGAAGACUGUGAACGCAGGAGAGGAGAAUGUCUAGAUGAGAUGUUGGAUCUGGAAAAACAAUUUCAGGAGCUGAAAGACAAGUUGUUUCGGGAGCGGCAGAACCAGGUGAAAGUGAAGCUGGGCGAGGUGCUGACAGGGAAGGCUGGAGAAUACAGAGAACCGCUGGUUUUACUACAACAGAGCAUGCACAUACAGACACAAGUGGCCGGAGUGUACAGAGAGCUGUGUCUGCAGGUGAUCAAACACAAGUACGAGUGUGAACAACAAGGAGCAAAGCAGCACCUGGAGAGUGAGCAGAUCUUGCUGUUUGAUGCCAUGAAGACCGAACUGCUGGAGAAGAUAAGAAGACUGGAGGAGGACAGACAGAACGUAGACCUUACCUCAGAGUGGAGUGAUGAGAUGGGCAAGAAGUGUAAAAGAAAGAACCUGCUGAGUUGGUCGGGGAAGAAAAAGAAAGCUGCUCUGGUUUCAGGGCCUUUCAUUGUCUACAUGUUGAGGGACAUCGACAUCAUUGAAGACUGGACCGCUAUCAAGAAGGCAAGAGCAGCACUGCCACCACUAAACAAGAAAGGUGAAAAGUGGUGAUAACAGAAGGAUCUUAUUGAAGACCAGUGGCAAAC